AAACAUUAGUUUAAUGGUAGAAAAUGGAGACGACUGUAUAUAUCGUAUACGCGUGGUGUUGUUUGCCCAGAAGAAAAGUAGAAAACUAGGGAGCCAUCACUAAAUUUUAGAACAGUGAAUGAGAGAGAGAGAAAGAGAGAGAGAGAGAGAGAGAGAGAGAGUUUUGUCUGAGGCAGGAACAAGUCAUCGAGUUCGAGUAUAGAGAAGUUAGGGUUUGUAGGAGUUGGAGAAGGAAAACGAAGGAAAAGGGAAGUUAGGGUUUUGUUCGUUCCCGAUUGGGCGAUGUACAUGUUGGGGAAACCCAAUUCAAGGAGGAGGUGAUUUUCAGACCUGAAUCAUUUGCAAAGAGCUGGAUAGAAAAUUGCUUUGUGAGUCGGUCGGGCAGAUUAAUUUUACUGUAGAUGGAAUCGUGGAGUUAGCUACUCAUGGAUAGAAUUAUAGCUCGUAUGAAGAAAUCGUCGGGUAUGAGACGGGAUAAGAAUCCGGUGAGGAAGUUAGAGCGGCGAGACGCAGUGAAGCAUAUCAACUACGACGUGGCUUCUUCUUCUAGUUCGUCGGCUGAAGAUGUUUCAGUUUCGACUUCUUCUCUGAUGACGCGCUCUCUUGAGUUCCCUGAUCGAACCAGUUUCCGAAUCGUCGGAGGAGCCGAUGGAGAAAUGGAUCGGAUUUACCGGGAUCUUGGAAUACAUGGUCCUGAAGAUUUGGCCAUUUCUUUCGAUGCAUGGGAAGCUUGCAAGAUGCGUUCCGCCUCAGAUGUUGUAAAUAGGUACCCUUCUUUUGACCUCGGUCAUCAAAAGUUUCAGCACCAGGGUUUGAGUGAAGCAGGUCCUAGUGGUGCUGCUGCUGAUUCUUCGGAUCGGGAUAUUACUGAGUUGGCGCGUCCCGAGUCGAUUGUGAUUGGGAGUUUCUGCAACUUAGGGAAUAAAGUUGUAGAGAAUAAUACUGAGUUGGCGCGUCCCGAGUCGAUUGUGAUUGGGAGUUUCUGCAACUUAGGGGAUAAAGUUGUAGAGAAUAAAACUGAGUUGACGCGUCCCGAGCCGACUGUGACUGGGAGUUUCUGCAACUUAGGGGAUAAAGUUGUGGAGAAUAAUACUGAGUUGACGCGUUCCGAGCCGACUGUGACUGGCAGUUUUAGCAACGUAGCGGAUAAGGUUGUAGAGAACAAGCCUAGUCUUGAGAGAACACCGACUAUUUUGGUAAAGUCAAGAGGGUAUCUUCUCCCUCCCACUGAUGUUGUGCCUGCUGCUGCUGCUGCUGCUGCUGCUGGUGGUGGUAUAAAGGGGGUGAGACCACCGGUCCUUAAGCCUCCUCCGUCAAUGAAACGACAUUCUGUGGAUCAUCAUGGAUCGUCCUGGGACUUUCUUAACCAUUUCGCUCCUUUAGAAAGUGAAACAAUUCAGCGGCCAAGUUCCUCUUCUUCUUCUUCUUCACACAAUGAAGAGGAAGCCGGGGAAGAGGUAGUGGAAGAGAAGGAAGGGAGGGAAGUGAGGUCUCUCCAGUCGGCGGAUACAGCUGAUGAGGCAUGCUCAUUCACGACAAACGAAGGUGGUGAAACCUCGAGCACAGUAUCCAAUGCUUCGCCUAUUUAUUCGUCCGGAUAUAUCAUCACGUCUUGGCAAAAGGGUGGACUUCUGGGACGAGGAUCAUUUGGCUCCGUGUAUGAAGGCAUUUCAGGAGAUGGGGACUUCUUUGCUGUCAAGGAAGUUUCACUACUUGAACAGGGAAGCCAGGCACAAGAAUGCAUACAACAACUCGAGGGGGAAAUUGCACUUCUUAGUCGGCUUCAGCAUCCGAAUAUUGUACGCUAUCGUGGCACAGCCAAGGAUGAGUCGAAUUUGUACAUCUUUCUAGAGCUUGUAUCCCAAGGGUCCCUUCAGAAACUGUACAAGAAAUAUCCCAAGCUUAUGGACUCUGCAGUCUCCUCGUACACCAGACAAAUUCUUGAUGGUUUGAAAUAUCUCCACGACAAAGAAUUUAUCCACAGGGACAUCAAAUGUGCAAAUAUUUUGGUGGACGCUAAUGGAGCUGUGAAACUUGCAGAUUUUGGAUUGGCAAAGGUGUCAAAGUUGAACGACGCAAAGUCCUCCAAGGGAACUCCGUUCUGGAUGGCUCCAGAGGUUAUUAACCUGAAGCGUACCACCGGGUAUGGAAGUUCAGCUGACAUAUGGAGCCUCGGGUGUACUGUGCUGGAAAUGCUGACUCGUCAGAUCCCCUAUUGCGAUCUAGAUAACCCCGCUCAAGCCCUGUUUAAGAUCGGAAGGGGUGUGCUUCCGGAUAUACCUGACACACUAUCACAAGACGCUAAAGAUUUCGUAAUUAAGUGUCUCAAAGUGGACCCGGAGCAGCGGCCAACUGCGGCUGAGCUGCUGAACCAUCCAUUUGUGAGAAGGCCCUUAUCAUCCUCAGGCUCAGGCUCAGGCGCGGGCUGGAAUGGGGUCACUCCAUAGACGAGGUUAACUUAGUAGAUUACGUAAAUAGGCGUAACCAGAGAAGAUUUGUGAGAGAAUGAGACCCCAUUAGAAUCUAUUGAGGGAGCCGAUUCUUUGACACACACGUGUGGUGUGGUUUGGCAGGGCAGCGAGAGCUAAACUGCGUGGAGACGUAUUAAGGUUGUUUCUGGCUCAUCCAUUGGUUAUAUUAGUUGUAUGUUGUGUGUUGGGCUUAAAACUGGAGAGCCAUAUUCUUCUAGGAAAAAGAUAAAAAACAUUUUGUUAUAGCAAGGGGAAUUAGAGUGUCGAUCUUGAGGUUUUGAGUGUGUAUAGGUUUUGUUAGUUUUGUUAAAUUAUAGUGUAUGUAUCCCAUUUGUAGUGUAUGUGUAUUCCAUUUGAAAUGUAAUGUAUAAUUGAUUUUUGAUACUUCUUGUGUGUUGUAGUAAUUGUGUACAUCACUCCGAUGGAUUUAAUCUCUUAGCUAUCGUGUGCCACUUUGUACAAUACAAGAUGUAAAGACAAAUAUGUAGAAACAGUACCUGUUUGCGCGCAAAUUCAGGUUAAUAACGACCGACGUACGGAAAUACCAAC